AUUUGUUGUAAAUUUUAACUAUGCCUAAAAACACAAUUAAAAAGGCUGUCAAAAAAAUAAAAAAACCCAAAAUAGCUAAUCCUAAGUAAACCAAAAAAUAAAAAAUUGAUGAUGAUGAAUCAAUCGAUUCAGAAUACUUGGAUGAAUUAGAAAAUUAAAAACCAUAAAAUAUCUCAGAUAAAAGUGAUAGCGAGAUUGAUGAGACUGAAGAUAACAGAAGACUUAGAUUAGCUAAAUAAAUUUUAUAACAAACUAAAUAAGAAUUGUAAUCCAAAAAUGAUGAUUUUUUUCAAGAUCAUCAUGACAUUCAUAUGAAUGAUGAAGAUAAAAGAUUAAACGUAGCUCUCCUUGAAAAAGUACUUAAUAAUUGUAAUGUUAGUUUGCUGAAAAACAUACGAUAUACUAAUCAUAAAUCCAGAAAUUUGAUCGAGAAUUCAAUAGAGAAAUCUAUAAAGGUCAUUUACGAGCUAUUACAUGUACUUAAGUGGAUGAAUUUGGCAAACAUAUGUAUUCCAGUUCUAAAGAUUCAAGUAUCAUUAAAUGUAAUAAAAUUGAUGUUAAAUUUUAGGGGAUUUAGAAACAAAAAAGAAAGAAUUCAUUUAGAGAGAAGUAGGCAAACAUGGAGAUGGACAUUAUGAUGAAGUUUUAUCUAUAUCAUUAAAUUUUGAUGGCAAAAUUUUAGCUAGUGCUGGUAAAGAUCAUUCAAUUAAAUUAUGGGAUACAACAUCAAAUAAACUGAUUGAAACACUCAAACAUCAUAAAGCCCCAAUUUAUGGAGUUAAAUUUGGAUAUAAUUCAAAUAAUUUAUGUAGUAUCUCUUGUGAUAGAACUUUCAUAUAAUGGGAUGCUGCAUAAAGAGCUUAUAUUGAUACAUUGUAAUAUUUACAAGUAAUUAAUAAGUUUUGGACAUAGUACAGAAGCAAAUGACAUCGAUUGCUUUAAUGCUGAUGAUUUCUUAAGUUGUGGAUAUGAUAGAUAAAUGAUAUAAUGGAAAACUAAAUCAGGAGGAUAACUUUUAUAUAGUGGACAUGAAUAAUCUAUUGAUUGCAUUAGAGCUAUCACUCUUGAGACUUUUGCAACUGGUUCUAUUGACUCUAACAUUAAUUUAUGGAAUGUAAAAAAAAGAAAACCUUUAUUUGAAUUAUAAAAACCUCAUGGUGAUAAAUGGAUUACUGCUUUGGUAAAAAUUUGUUUUUAAUUUUUAGGGAACCAUUUAUAAUAGUGAUCUUUUAAUUUCAGGAUCAAUUGAUGACAAUCUUAAUAUUUAUAACGUUACAAACAAAUAAAUCACUAAAGUUAGAUCACUUUAAAGUGUAAGAUUUUAAAUUAUAUUAAUUUAGUUUGGUAUCAUUAAUCAUAUUAAUAUAUUUGAUAAUAAAAUCCUUACUGUUGAGAGUCAAGAGCAUCGUCUAGGAAGAUGGAUUACUUCAACCAAAAGCAAAAAUUUAAUUGUGUUAUAUUUAUGA